CAGGCCUUAUAUGAAUGGACAAACACCAUCAUCUCGUCCAGACUCCUCCCUCACCUCCUCUCUCUCCUGGUCUUGGUGACACCUUGCAACACACACGCACACGCACACACACAGGAAAACAAGAACCCCGGCGGUGGACGGGACAAGCAGGAGAACCGGCAGCAGAGCAACAAGCAGCAGAAGUCCCACCUGAGAAGAACCAUCAUCUGCUCUUCCCGACGCAGCGCCCAAAGCAUGCCCCAUCGCAGCCAUGACUUGCUCGGCGUCAGAUAGUGAGAAGAUCGUCAUCAACUGCGGAGGAAUCCGACAUGAGACCUACCGGAGCACCCUGAAGACGCUGCCGGGGACGCGGCUGUCCUGGCUGACGGAACCCGACGCCUUCAGCAACUUCGACUACGACCCCAAGUCCGACGAGUUCUUCUUCGACCGCCAUCCCGCCACCUUCGCCUUCAUCCUCAACUACUACCGCACCGGGAAGCUGCACUGCCCCAACGACGUGUGCGGUCCUCUGUUCGAGGAGGAGCUCGCCUUCUGGGGCAUCGAUGAGACGGACGUGGAGGCGUGCUGCUGGAUGAACUACCGGCAGCACCGCGACGCCGAGGAAGCCCUGGACAGCUUCGAGACCCCCGAGCCGGACGCACCGGAGGAAGACCCGGCGCUCACCGGAGGGGUGGACGGGGACCUCAAGCGGCUGUGCGUGCAGGAGGACGGACGCCGGGCCACCUGGUGGGAGGUGUGGCAGCCCAAGAUGUGGGCGCUCUUUGAGGACCCCUACUCGUCCAAAUACGCCCGGUAUGUGGCGUUUGCCUCGCUCUUCUUCAUCCUCCUCUCCAUCUCCACCUUCUGCCUGGAGACCCACGAAGUCUUCAACACCAUCUACAACAAGACCGAGAACGUCACAGUUGGCAACGUGACACACGAGGAGAUCGUGUAUGAAGUGGUGACAGACGGUUGGCUGACGUACGUGGAGGGCGUGUGUGUCAUCUGGUUCACCAUCGAGGUUCUGCUGCGCGUCAUCUUCUGCCCUGAUAAAGCCGAGUUCUUCCGCAGCGCCCUGAACAUCAUCGACUUUGUGGCCAUCGUGCCCUUCUACCUGGAGGUAGCGCUGAGCGGACUGUCGUCCAAAACGGCCAAAGACGUGCUGAGCUUCCUGCGCGUGGUGCGCUUCGUUCGAAUCCUGCGUAUCUUCAAGCUCACCCGCCACUUUGUGGGUUUGCGUGUGCUGGGCCACACCCUGAGAGCCAGCACCAAUGAGUUCCUGCUGCUCAUCAUCUUCCUGGCACUGGGCGUCCUUAUCUUCGCUACCAUGAUUUACUAUGCCGAACGCAUAGGUGCUGACCCGGAUGACCCCACCGCUGCUGCCCACACAAACUUCAAGAACAUCCCCAUUGGGUUCUGGUGGGCCGUGGUGACCAUGACCACGCUGGGCUACGGGGACAUGUACCCGGAGACUUGGUCAGGAAUGUUGGUGGGCGCCCUCUGUGCCUUGGCCGGCGUAUUGACCAUCGCUAUGCCCGUUCCCGUCAUCGUAAACAACUUUGGCAUGUACUACUCACUGGCCAUGGCCAAGCAAAAGCUCCCCAAGAAGAGGAACAAGCAUAUACCUCGAGCACCGCAGCCUGGCAGUCCUAACUACUGCAAACCGGAUGCUCUCGCCAUGGCCACAGCUUCACCGCACAGGCUCAUGGGGAAUGUGCUCGGGCCUGGCAUGGUGGCAUCCGGCAGCUUGAUCGCUGCUGGAGAUUGUCCGCUGGCACAGGAGGAGAUCAUCGACAUCAACAGAGCAGACUCAAAGCAAAAUGGUGAUGCUGCCAAUGCGGCGGCACUGGCCAAUGAGGACUGUCCCACCAUUGACCAGGUUCUGGGGGAUGAGCGCAGUCCAGCCACCGGGGGCCUCGGCUCGACCACCAGCCGUGAACGCUACCCGCACGAUCGGGCCUGCUUCCUGCUGAAUGCCGGGGAAUUCCAGCGCACAACAGAUGGCAACAUUCGAAAAGGGCUGUUGUGAGGAGUCUGGUGUAGGAUCCCAAGAUGCAGCAGCAAGACAACUCCAGGUAAGAAAAAGGUCUUUAUUCCAACACAAGGUAGUUAAACUCAAAGGAACAAAAAACAACGGUGCCAACUAGAGUCCAAGGGCACCGCGACAAAAAGGAGUGAGGCAGGUAAGGAAACAAAAGAUACCUGAGAUAUGAGCGGGUUGCCAGAUGAGCAGGCGGAAGGUCAAACAUGCACAAAAUAAUGUCUAGGAAGACAAAGGGUGUAGCAAGAACGGUCCAACACGCGGAAUAAUACCACGUUUUCCAGAUGCAGCCACAGGGGUAAAGUAGCUGAGCAAAUGGGAAACAGCUGUGCUCAUCAGGCAGCUCCGCCCAUCUCAGGAGGACCAGCAUCUGAAUAACACAGAAAGAACGGCAGUAACUGAAUCUAGAAAUAAACAAAAUGAAAGCAAAUUAUAUGUCACCGUAGAGCGUGACAUUAUCCCCCCCCUCCCCUCAAGGAAAGCCACCUGGCGGACUACCAGGCUUGUCUGGGAAUUUAUGGUAAAAUUCCGAAAGAAGGGUGGGGUCGAGGAUGGGCGACCGGGGAACCCAGGAGCGAUCCUCGGGACCGUAACCCUCCCAAUCGAUGAGGUACUGAACACCCCUGCCCCGUCUCCUGGCGUCCAAGAUGGAUUUAGCUGUAAAGGUGGGAUGACCAUCGAUCAAGCGAUGAGGGGGAGGAGGCACUGGUGGCGGACUCAGGUCACUCUCGGCAACAGGCUUAAGGCGGGACACAUGGAAUACUGGGUGCGUCUUGAGGGAGGGAGGAAUCUUGAGUUUGACGGACACUGGACCCACCUUUCGAUCCACUUCGUACGGUCUGACAAAUCUGGGAGACAGUUUUUUGGACUCCACCGCUAGGGGGAGGUCCCGGGAUGACAACCACACCCUCUGCCCGGGUUGGUAAUCCGGUGCCGGCUUGCGAUGACGAUCCGCAAUCUUCUGAAAGAGCCGACCUUGUGUCGCGCCAGACCUGGUGGACCCGGCGAAGAAAAACGGCCACAGAUGACACCGAGGAUUCUGCCUCCUGGGACGGGAAUAGCGGAGGCUGAAAACCGUGGACUACAUGAAAUGGGGAGAGACCAGUAGAGGAGCACACCAGGGUGUUGUGGGCGUACUCCACCCAGGGAAGGUCAUGAGCCCAGGAUGUGGGGUGCUGAUGGCACACGCACCGUAGAACAGAUUCCAGGUCCUGGUUAGCCCGCUCCGUCUGGCUAUUGGUUUGAGGAUGGUAGCCCAAGGAGAGGCUGACAGAGGCCCCCAACGACUUGCAGAAGGCCCUCCAGGUGGCUGAGGCGAACUGAGGACCACUGUCAGAUACCACGUCGACGGGUAUCCCAUGGAGUCGCACAACGUGCUGGACCAGGAGUUUGGCUGUCUCCAGUGAAGAGGGGAGUUUGCGUAGAGGGAUAAAAUGGGUAAGUUUGGAAGAUCUGUCCACAAUAGUAAGAACGGUGGUGCACCCCCUAGAAGCGGGCAGACCAAUAACAAAAUCCAUUGCGAUGUGUGACCAGGGGCGGGAAGGGAUGUGAAGAGGUUGAAGUAAUCCGGCUGGUGGUUGGUUCAAUGACUUGUUCCUGGCACAGACGGAGCAGGCUGCCACGAAUCCUUUGGUGUCGGUGUGGAGGGAAGGCCACCAAAAGCGCUGGGCAAGGAGGAAGGCCGUGCGUCUGGCUCCCGGAUGACAGGCGAUCCUGGAACAAUGCGCCCAGGUCAGGAACGAAGAGCCGGCCUGGCGGGCAACCUGCCGGAGGAGAUGUGUCCCGGACAGCUUCUGCCACUCUCUUCUCCACUUGCCACUGAAGACCCCCCAGGAUGCGGGAAUGAGGAAGGAUGGUCUCCGGAGGACACUCCUCAACCGGGAGGGCGAACAUCCUGGACAAGGCAUCCGGCUUGCCGUUGCGUGACCCAGGCCGAUAGGUCAAUGUAAAAUCGAACCUGGUGAGGAACAGUGCUCACCGAGCCUGGCGGGGGUUGAGGCGUUGAGCUGCACGUAUGUAGGCGAGGUUUCUGUGGUCCGUGAAGAUAAGGAACGGAUGUGUUGCUCCCUCCAACCAGUGCCUCCACUCUUGCAGAGCGAGGACCACCGCCAACAGCUCCCGGUUGCCAACAUCAUAGUUCCUCUCAGCGGGCGAGAGACGCCUGGAGAAAAAGGCGCAGGGGUGCAACCUCUGGUCGUGACUGGAACGCUGGGAGAGCACGGCCCCGACCCCCGCGUCAGACGCAUCAACCUCAACGGUAAAAGAAAGAGAAGGAUCAGGGUGGAUCAAAACAGGUGCUGAAGUGAAGGCGGACUUAAGGCGCCUGAAGGCCAGGUCGGCCCCCGGCGACCACUCAAAGGAGACCUUAGAGGAUGUUAGCUUGUUCAGAGGUUCGGCUACUUUACUGAAAUCUCGGAUAAAGCGCCGGUAAAAGUUGGAAAAUCCCAGGAACCUCUGCAAAAGCUUUCUAGAUGUAGGAGUAGGCCAGUCCACCACUGCCUGAAUCUUAGCAGGGUCAGGACAAAGUUGGCCCUUCUCCACAAUGAAUCCAAGGAAAGACACCGAAGAGGAGUGAAAAGAGCAUUUCUGUGGUUUAACAAAAAGCCUGUUCUCUAAUAAUCGUUGCAAGACGAGACGAACGUGGUGGUGGUGUUGAUCGAGAGAGGUGGAGAAUAUGAGAAUGUUGUCCAGAUAAAGAAAAACGAAACGGCCGAUCAUAUCGCGGAGGACGUCAUUAACAAGGGAUUGAAAAACUGCGGGAGCAUUGGUGAGUCCAAAGGGCAUGACACAAUAUUCAAAGUGCCCCAGAGGAGUGCUAAAAGCUGUUUUCCACUCAUCCCCGUUACGAAUACGCACCAAGUGAUAAGCGUUCCGUAAGUCCAGUUUAGUGAAAAUAUUAGCAUUGUGGAGCGGCGUAAAAGCAGAAUCUAGAAGGGGUAGAGGAUAUUUGUUGCGUACUGUAAUUUUGUUGAGUGCGCGGAAAUCAAUACAUGGCCGUAGGGAGCCGUCCUUCUUUUUGACAAAAAAGAACCCCGCCGCUAGGGGAGAAGAAGAUGGUCGGAUGUGACCAGCGGCGAGCGAAGUGGUAACGUACUCCUCCAGGGCACCUUGUUCAGCUAGAGAGAUGUUAUACAGGCGAGAGGAGGGAAGAGGUGAACCAGGAAACAAAUCAAUUGCGCAAUCAUAGGGCCGGUGUGGAGGAAGUGUCAUGGCGUGGUCUUUACAGAAAACCUUCCCAAGGGAGUGAUAUUCCCUGGGAACAAGUGAAAGGUCGGGAGGGACGAGUGGGGAGGUGUGGGAGGGCGUGACAGGAGGUGAAGCUGAGCCUAAACAGUGUGAAUGACAAAAGGUGCUCCAAUUGGAAAUUUUGAAUGUAGACCAAUCAAUAGUGGGACUAUGACGGUGAAGCCAAGGGAGACCCAGCACCACGGGAGCAGAGCGAGAAGAAAUAAUAAAAAAACUAAUGCAUUCAUGAUGAUUACCUGAGAGUAAAAGGGAAAGGGGGCGUGUUUGAAGCGUGACGCUAGCUAGGUGUAGACUAUCAAGAGAACGAACAUGUUUGCAAGUUUCAACAGGCAUAGUAGGAAUGUCCAGCUGUUUAACAAGACCAAUGUCAAUGAAAUUCUCAUCAGCGCCAGAGUCAAUAAGAGCGCUAAUAGUGUGCCCCUCCCUCUCCUGCCAAGACAGCGUACCUUCCACUUGGAGACGCCCCACGGAGGAACUGGAGGGGGAAGGAGGAGGUGAAGAUCCUCUCUCCGCUGGAGCGCUCGUGAAAGCAGCCGAUCGCCGUGGACGAGGACGACUUGGACAGCGGGUGAUAGCGUGGUCCGCUGCUCCACAGUAGAGACACAACCGCAGGAGAACGCGCCGCCUCCUCUUCGUGGCCGACAACCGGCUGCCUCCCAGCUGCAUCGGCGACACAUCCUCGGCGGUCUCCGACGGGGAUCCGGACCAUUGAGGAGGAGGCGGCAGGGAAGGAGGAAGAUCCAAGCGACGAAGCGAUGACUGGUCAGGUGUGUGGGGAGGGGGCCCGUCCCGCUGUCGGACACGCUCCCGCAGGCGGUUAUCCAGCCGGAUAGAGAGGGAGAUGAGCUCCUCUAGCGUCCUCGUCUCGUCGUGGGCAGCCAACUCGUCCUGUAUGCGGGAGCUGAGACUGGCAAAAAACACGCAGCGGAGGGCUUUUUCAUUCCAGCCACUCUCCACUGCCAGGAUGCGGAACGUGAUGGAAUGCUCCGCAACUGAAUUCGAGCCCUGGCGAAGAGCCAAGAGCCGGAAUCCGGCCUCUCGUUCCCGCACUGGAUGAUCGAAGACGGUCCUCAUCUCCUCCAUGAACGCCUGCAAACUGGUGCGGAGCUCCGGCUUGCUCUCACAAACGACCAUAGCCCAUUUGGCGGCGCGACCCGUGAGAAAGCCAAUUAUAUAAGCCACCUUGGCUGAGUCGGAGGCAUAGGUCUGAGGCUGGUGGUUAAAAAUCAGCAAGCAGUGGUGAAAGAAGAGUCUGCACCCACCAAAGUCCCCCUCAUACCUUGAGGGGUGAGGGAUGUUCUCACGUGGUAACUGGCUGGGUGGUAUGAGCGUCAGAGGACCAGACACCAGCGGUGAAGACGCCUCAGGCGCUGCGGUGACAGGGAAGCUUGCCAUGCGGGAAUGCAUCUCCCGGACGAGGGUAGACAAGUCUUCCAGGGUCUGGUCGUGGCGACUUAGCAUCUGACCCUGGGCCUUGAGGGCAAACUGCAGUUGCUCCUGUUCUGCGGGCUCCAUGACUCUGGUGGGAUUAUUCUGUCAGGGCUGUUGUGAGGAGUCUGGUGUCGGAUCCCAAGAUGCAGCAGCAAGACAACUCCAGGUAAGAAAAAGGUCUUUAUUCCAACACAAGGCAGUUAAACUCAAAGGAACAAAAAACAACGGUGCCAACUAGAGUCCAAGGGCACCGCGACAAAAAGGAGUGAGGCAGGUAAGGAAACAAAAGAUACCUGAGAUAUGAGCGGGUUGCCAGAUGAGCAGGCGGAAGGUCAAACAUGCACAAAAUAAUGUCUAGGAAGACAAAGGGUGUAGCAAGAACAGUCCAACACGCGGAAUAAUCCCACGUCUUCCAGACGCAGCCACAGGGGUAGAGUAGCCGAGCAAAUGGGAAACAGCUGUGCUCAUCAGGCAGCUCCACCCAUCUCAGGAGGACCAGCAUCUGAAUAACACAGAAAGAACGGCAGUAACUGAAUCUAGAAAUAAACUAAAUGAAAGCAAAUUAUAUGUCACCGUAGAACGUGACAGAUGUGGCAUCAUUUUGUUACUAAUACAUCACCCACUUAUUAUCAGGAAACAUAUUCAAGAUCAUUUUUCCCCCAGUUUAGAUCUGAUGUGUUUUCGAAGUGUUCCUUUAAUUUUUUUGAGCAGUAUAUACUGUAUAUACUGUAUAUAUAUACUGUAUAUAUAUAUACGGUAUACAGUCAUGGAAAAAAUUAUUCGAGCACCCUUGUUUCUUCAGCUGAUUGAUCCUUUUUAAUGCCUGCUACAACUAAAGGUACAUUUGUGUGGACAAAUAUCAUGAUGAUAACAAAUAGAGCUCAUAAGAGUUUUAUUUAAGAGCUAAGGUCUAACAACUUCCAUGCCUUUCUUCAUAAUAACCAAACUCACUUCAGUUCUUCCAUGAAUAGCUCUAGCAUUGUACUGCCAAUAAUGGAACUCUUAUGAGCUAUUUUUGUUGUCAUUGUUAUAUUUGUCCAAACAAAGGUACCUUUAGUUGUAUCAUGCAUUCAAAUGAACACAAAAAUGAAGAAAUAAGGGUGCUCUAAUCAUUGUUUCCAUGUCUGUGUAUGUUUAUUCGGGAUGCUCCGAUUGACCAUCAAUCAAUAUUGGCCAAUUUCUGUGGAAAAGCGCAUGACUGGCAUACGCCGAUAAAUACCUUUCAAUCACCUGUGGCUGGUACUAAUGGAGCCUGCAGCCUAUCAUGACGCCUGCGUGCAGUGGAGUGUCUCAUACUGUACUAACGUCUUGGAGAAGAACUUUCCUUCACACUGUGCAGGCGUGCCAAAGCCAAAAAAAAUGUCUGCCACGCGGAACUUACCUGCCAUAUCUGGCGGGGGUAGCACGUUAAAAAGCUUUCAUUUGCUAUGGCAGCUGAAGAACAAACACGUGACUUUUCCAUGGAAGGAUGCUUUCAUAUAGAACACUUCUGUACGUAUUCAAUUAAAUGGUCUUGUUUGAUGGGAUUAUUAACAUGACAGCAUGUCUUGUACAUGUCUCUACGUGAUCACCUCGACAAUUUAUCAUCUGCUCUCUGUAUCACAUGUGGAGGAGCGAUCGCAUUCAUUCAAUGACACAUCUGUAUUUUGACUUAGUCGAUUAUUUUGGAGUCUUUCUAUAAUUUUAUUAUGUUUGUGGAGUGUAAGUGUGGAGGAGUGCUCCUUCCUCAUGCUCUUCUAGUUCAUUCCAGUCUUGUGCAGUUCUACAGCUCUUUGGUCUUUCUCACCAAAGUUCUUCUUCAUGUUCUACUAGUCCAUUCCAGUUUUGUGUAGGUCUACAGCUCUUUGGUCUUGCCCAUGGUGGUGGAGAGUGUGAAUGGAAGAAAGUGUUUGAGUGAUUUAACCACAUCAUGAGAUGAGAUUAUUAUGAGUAGUUUCUUAAAGGGAUAGGACUCAUUUGUGUGUUUUAUGGACACAUAACCGCUCUUGGGGGGUUGUGUCACAAUGCCUGCUGGUUGGUAGGGGAUCAAAUACUUGUUUUGCCCACUGUAUGUCUUAUGAAUAUUCCAGGAAAAGAGCAUGAAAGCAUGGAAGGUGUGCCAGAGUGAAAGUGGCCAAUUUGCAGCGGUUGGCGCAUUGUUGUGCCAGGCCAGUGAGAGCUGGCAGUUGAUUGGUUGGCCUUCUCUUCUCUGUCUUCUCCUCUGGAAGGGAGCCCAGAACAGUUUUUACAUCACAGUCCUCAGAGAGCACUGCUUAUUUUACAGAGGACUUUGCUCCCAAAAUUGCAUUACAGGCUUUGACUGGACCCCACUGGGAAGCAUUUUGAUUUAUAGCAAAAAUAAAUAACAUUACAUUUACUGCUGAUUGAUGUCAGAUGGCUUUUGCUGCCCACAAACACUGAUUUCUGAUUGCGUGGGUGAUUCAGCGAUCUAUAGUUGGCAUGGGAAGUGAAAGGCAUAUUUCAAGAGCAACAUGGGUGAAGAUUUAGUGGGUCAGCAAGCAGCAGAGAGAAGAAACAAACAUUUAGAAGUCAUCAGUGAUUAGAGCAGACUAAGGCCAACAUGGCCGCCUUGGUGCAUCGAUGCAGCAGCACUGCAGCAGCUGUCCCAGUCAGGAAUAUUGUUCUUUUGCACAUUGAACACUGCUAUCCCAGUCAGGAAUAUUGUUUUUCUACACAUGGAACACUGCUGUCCCAGUCGGGAAUAUUGUUCUUCUACACAUGGAACACUGCUGUCCCAGUCGGGAAUAUUGUUCUUUUACACAUGGAACACUGCUGUCCCAGUCGGGAAUAUUGUUCUUUUACACAAGGAACACUGCUGUCAGGAAUACACUAAGUCCCCUACUAACGAACAUCCGACGUGCGAACUUUCGGAGAUACAAACACAAGCCGACUAGUCUAUUUUUUGCUGUGUUUUGCCUUAUGAGUCCAUAUUUAUACUGUACAUGCUUGACCAGCAGAGGGCACUGUGACACUGCUAAUGGGACCAACAGGAGGGGGAGGAGGGGAGGAGAGAGAAAGCUACAUUGUAGUUUUAUGAUACAACCUGGACAGAGCGUGUGAUUAAAGUUUAUGAAGAGUUAAUACGGCUGCUUAAUUCUACACCACCCACAGAACACUACCUCUUUUAGAAGAGUCUAACCACCACCACCAUUUGUCCUUUUUUUCAAUAUCUCCCCCUCCUCUUCCUCCACAACGACGUAUGCUCGACCACUCCUCUUCAAAGGUGAAUAACAUUUAUCAUUACGUAUUAUUAUAUCACUUUUAUUGUUGUUUUUUUCAUGAAUUAUCCUGGUUUAAUAUUACUACUGCAUCCAAACUCAUAUUUACAUACAUACACAUAUACUGUAUAUGUAUACACGUACAUGUAGUACCUAUAUCAUUGCUAAUAUUACCUUUUCCCUACUUAAGAACAAUUCGACUUAAGAACGGUCGUCUGGAACCAACUGUGUUCGUUAGUUGGGGACUUAGUGUAUAGUUCUUCUACACAUGGAACACUGCAGUUAGAAGCCUUGAAUCAUCUUCUAGAAUGUGUGUGUGUGUGUGUGUGUGUGUCUGUGUGUGUUUUCUUGGUUCAAAUGAGACACAAUGAAGGUGUUAGUGAUUGCCUUUGCCUUUACUCUGUGAAGAUCUCUCUCGUACUUUGCUCUCCAUGAAUGGUGCCUUCAAGGGCACUACGCAGUUUUCAUGCUCAGAAAUAACAGAAAAUACAACAUGUGAAUUCAACUUAAAUAACGUGGUGUCUUUGAACGCACCAUGGCAGGGUUAGCGAGUAGUUCAAGCGUUCUUUAAAGAGAUGAGCGUUUCAGACAAGAACAUGUAAGACACGUCCAAAACUACUUCAUCCAUUUGACCACACCCCCUCUACCGCUACAACUUGGCUGUUAGCAUGUAGCAAUGGGCCUCAUUCACGAACAUCUUCUUAAGAACUGUACUUAAGAAGGCGUGGGUUGGAAACUGCGCCACAUUCACGACACGUUGACACCGGUGUUCUUAGGUUGAUGACUGCCAACUGCGAUGCCCGUGCAUGUGAGGCCUAAUUUGCAUAGGUCACUGUCUAUUAUUUCCUAUAUAAGGUAAAAUAUGUGGCGUGCGCAACAGGCAGCUAGAGGCCAAGAUGCUAAAGCGCAAGGGCAAGACUGAGGAGCAGCUCGACAACAAACAGAAGAAAAGCUUCAAUUCUACAGAAAUAGAGGUGCUUUUACAAGGAGGGACCGAACACAAGACCACCUUAUUUUCAAGUGUAUCCACCGGUCAUCAGGCCAUCCAAAAAGAGUCGGCAUGGAGCACCAUUGCAGGAAACAUAAAUGCUGUUUCCACUGAGAACCGCACCACCGCAGAGGUAAAAAAGAAGUGGUUUGACUUAAAAUAGACUCAAAAAAAAAAGAUUAGACUGCACCGGAGGGAUCUGGAGGAAACGGGAGGCGGGCCAUCAAUCAGAAACCAAACCAUUUCGGAAACUCUAGAAAAUAUUUACACAAUCAUGAUGGAAAAAUAAAGUAAAAAUACAUAGUUUGUGUGUGAGAAUUUAUUUUUUCUGUGGUUACAUUUGAUUAGACGCUGCCUAAUUAAUACAGCAGCCCCGUGCUCUGGCUCAAGACGUGGCUGGGGGCGCAUGUCGUUAUCUGGGGGUGCUCCGUGCGCAAUAGGCACACCACGUUUCAUUGCGAUGUUAUUCUGAUGAUCCUGCACACCUGUAAGAACAGAGAGAAAAGCCUGAAGCCUGAAGCGGGACAUCAAAUAUUCGUGGCUUUCAGCAAAUAAAUCUAAUGGUCCCUUUACAUUCUCUCUCUGUGCAGCGCACGUCCAGCCAGCUACUUUUUUUUUUGAUGAAUUGGGAUUUGAAUAUAUAUUUAUCCAUGGAGUAUAUUUUAGUUGUUUGGAUGAUAAAUAAUUGUUGGGAUAUUUUAUUUGCACUACAUUUUUUGGGAUGAGGUUGCAAAAUCCAUCAUGAGGGUGAUUGCGCAUUGAAAGUGCAAGCUUUGCUUGUGCGUAAGAGUCCUCCUGAGCAUUCGUAGAAUUUGUUCUUAGAUCUAAGAACCUUGAAUUAAGUACACGUUUCGUGAAUGCCAAAAAUCUUCGUAAGAAGGCUUUAAGAACACAUUUGUGCGUAACAACGUUUCGUGAAUGAUGCCCAUUGUCGGCAAACUACUCUGGGAAUUUUUUGCACAUGUAAACGUAGUCCCAGUCAGGAGAUGGAGGUUGGAAUGUUCCUUGGACCACAUGUGGAGGUUCUCUCCAGACUUCUCACGUCCCAAAACAUCUUAAGUUGUUUCUAUGAAGCCUUCGUAGGUGAGGCUGGCCAUGCUUGUGUGUUCUGUACAGGUAGUACAGACAUAGUAGACACUGUACACUAUAUACCGUACUCCAUAUGUACAGUAUGCAGGUGCCCUGUGAUUGGAUGCCGACCAGCCCCCACCACUCCAGAUCACCCGUGACACCAUAGAAAAUGAGUGAAAGAGUGAAUGAAGGAAUGAAAGUGAUUGUAUGUUCCCUUGGUGUGUUUUGUGGAUAUUUUUGUAACCAUGUUCCUGUUUUGUCCUGUGUCUGUCUGUCCAUGUGUUUGUCCCUCUACCUUGUCUACCUGUCCGUCUUUUCCAACUUCCUGCUUUUUGUUGUGGCUGGUUUUGUUUUGAACGGACAAAUGCUUGAUGGUGUUCUAUGAUCUAACGUGCGCUGCUGUCAUAACAUAAACUUAAUGAAUGCACAUGACAUGGCUUCCGUUGCAUAUUAUCAUGAACACAUCUUGUCCUUACGAUGCUGUUUGCCCUUUGACCUGUGCACGUCAUGUGAUGUAGCCACAGGUUAUGAGAAAUCCCGCAGCCUAAAUAACAUCUCUGGCAUGAUGGGCGCCCCGCCGCGCCUCACCCCAAUCACCAACGCCACCUUCGAACCCUUCCAGCCUCCCGGCCUCAGGCGAUGCCGCUCCCCCAUCCCCUCCAUCUUGUAG